CCUCGCGAGCGCCCUUGUUCAAUUAAGGGGCGUCCCGGGACCGGCCCGGCCGGCGGUGGGGGCCGCCAGCAUGGCCCCGACGCUGUUCCAGAAGCUCUUCAGCAAGCGCGGCGGCUCGGGCGCGCCCGGGAGGGACACGAGGGACCCGGAUGGCGCUUUCAGUUGGCCUUUGCCAGAAUUUGAUCCAAGUCAGAUUCGACUGAUUGUUUAUCAAGAUUGUGAACGACGGGGAAGAAAUGUCUUGUUUGACUCCAGUGUUAAGAGAAAAAGUGAGGAUAUAUCAGUAUCGAAACUCUGUAGUGAUGCUCAAGUUAAAGUCUUUGGAAAAUGCUGCCAGCUGAAACCUGGAGGUGACAGUUCUUCCUCUCUGGAUAGUUCAGUGACUUCAGCUUCUGAUAUUAAAGACCAGUGUCCCAAGUACCAGGGUUCGUGGUGCUCUUCUGAUGCUAGUAUGCUUGGAGAGAUGAUGUUUGGCUCUGUAGCAAUGAGCUACAAAGGUUCCACCUUAAAAAUUCAUCAGAUCCGGUCUCCUCCACAGCUUAUGCUCAGCAAAGUUUUUACGGCACGGACAGGAAGCAGUAUCUGUGGAAGUCUCAAUACGCUUCAGGACAGUCUUGAAUUUAUCAAUCAGGAUAACCAUACAUUAAAGGCUGAUAAUAACACGGUUAUUAAUGGACUACUUGGAAAUAUAGGUCUUUCACAGUUCUGCAGCCCCAGGCGGGCAUUCUCUGAACAGGGUCCGCUCCGCCUGAUCAGGAGCGCCUCUUUCUUUGCAGUUCAUAGCAACCCAAUGGACAUGCCUGGAAGAGAACUGAAUGAAGACAGAGACAGUGGCAUAGCACGCUCUGCAUCUCUGAGCAGCUUGCUUAUUACUCCAUUUCCUUCCCCAAAUUCUUCACUUACCAGAAGUUGUGCUAGCAGCUACCAGAGGCGUUGGCGUCGAAGCCAAACAACAAGUUUGGAAAAUGGGGUAUUUCCUAGGUGGUCUAUAGAAGAAAGUUUUAAUUUGUUAGAUGAAAACUGUGGCCCAAAUCCAGGAAUUGUGAGGAAAAAGAAGAUUGCUAUUGGGGUAAUCUUUUCAUUAUCCAAAGAUGAAGAUGAAAAUAACAAAUUUCAUGAAUUCUUUUUUUCACACUUUCCUCUUUUUGAAAGUCACAUGAACAAAUUAAAGAGUGCAAUAGAACAGGCUAUGAAAAUGAGCCGAAGAUCAGCUGAUGCCAGUCAGAGGAGUUUGGCAUAUAAUCGAAUAGUUGAUGCUCUAAAUGAAUUCAGAACAACAAUAUGUAAUCUCUAUACAAUGCCUCGAAUUGGAGAGCCUGUCUGGCUUACAAUGAUGUCUGGGACUCCAGAAAAGAACCAGCUUUGUCAUCGUUUCAUGAAGGAGUUUACUUUUUUAAUGGAAAAUGCUUCUAAAAAUCAAUUCUUACCAGCACUUAUUACUGCUGUUCUGACCAAUCAUCUUGCUUGGGUUCCAACUGUCAUGCCAAAUGGACAACCACCUAUAAAAAUAUUUUUAGAAAAACAUUCCUCUCAGAGUGUGGACAUGUUGGCAAAGACUCAUCCUUAUAACCCACUUUGGGCACAAUUGGGGGACUUGUAUGGUGCUAUUGGCUCUCCUGUACGGUUAGCAAGAACUGUGGUAGUUGGCAAACGACAAGACAUGGUCCAGAGACUGCUGUAUUUUCUUACUUACUUUAUAAGGUGCUCUGAGCUUCAAGAAACACAUCUUUUAGAAAAUGGAGAAGACGAAGCCAUUGUGAUGCCAGGCACAGUAAUUACUACCACGUUAGAGAAAGGUGAAAUAGAAGAAUCUGAAUAUGUGCUUAUUACAAUGCAUAAAAACAAAAGCAGCUUGCUUUUUAAAGAAUCAGAAGAAACAAGGACUCCUAAUUGUAAUUGUAAAUAUUGCAGUCAUCCACUCCUUGGGCAAAAUACAGAGAAUGUUUCACAACACGAAAGAGAUGUUCAAAACAGCACUAAGGAAAUGCUAGGAAUUUCAGAUGAGUGCCGAAUAAUUUCUUCUUCUGACUGCCAAGAAGAAAAUAUUGCUGAUAUUAAACAAUACAGAGAUAAAUUAAGAACUUGUGUUGACACCAAGGUGGAAACAGUUGUUUGCACAGGAUCUGCUCCAGUAGGCAAGUGUGCGUUGUCAAAGUCACAUACAGAGCCCUCAGAAGAAACAUGGCAGAGUGAAGAGUUUCUGGAUUCAGAUAAUCGCAUAGGCAAAAUAUUGAGACCCACAGGAAUGGUUGUGGAAAAAAAACCUCCAGAUAAGCUUGUCACUGCCUUUUCUUGUGAGGCAGCCCAGACAAGGGUUACUUUCUUGAUUGGGGAUUCUAUGUCUCCUGACUCAGAUACUGAACUCCGUAGUCAGGAGGUGGUGGAUCACAUUGCCAGACAUCACACCAAACCACUGAAGGAAGAAAGAGGGGCUACUGAUCAGCUUCAAGAAAUUGAACCGACAACUAAGGACCAAUCUGGAGAGCCUAUCAUAUCAAACAUGGUUUCUGGAGAGCCCUCUGAACUCUCCUGUUGGAAUCAUUCAGACCCAGAAAGCAUGAGUUUAUUUGAUGAAUAUUUUAAUGAUGAUUCAAUUGAAACCAGGACUAUUGAUGAUAUUUCAGUCAAGACAAAUACAGACAGUAAAGGACAUUGCUGUAUUUUAGAGUUUUCAAAAAAAUCAUAUAUAACAAAUAACAAACAGAACAAUGAGUUUUGUAAAUGCUUAGAAACAAUUCACCAGGAUUCAUGUAAAGCCUGCUUUCCUCAGCAGGACAAAAGAGAUACAGUCUCUAUUCUUGUCCCCCAUGGGGAUAAAGAGAGUUCAGAGAAAAAAAAUAUUGUAAUUGACUGGGACAUUCCAAGAAAUGAGAGUUCAGAUAGUGCCCUAGGAGAUAGUGAAAGUGAAGAUACAGGCCAUGAUAUGACUAGACAAAUCAGCAGUUACUAUGGAGGAGAGCAAGAGGACUGGACAGAAGAAGAUGAGAUACCUUUUCCAGGGUCAAAAUUAAUUGAAGUGAGUGCUAUUCAGCCCAACAUUGCUAACUUUGGGAGGUCCUUAUUGGGUAGCUACUGUUCAUCUUAUGUGCCAGACUUUGUUCUUCAAGGAGUUGGAAGUGAUGAGAGGCUCCGUCAGUGUCUGGUAUCAGAUUUGUCUCAUGCUGUGCAGCAUCCAGUAUUGGAUGAACCAAUAGCCGAAGCUGUCUGUAUUAUAGCAGAUAUGGAUAAAUGGACUGUUCAAGUGGCCAGUAGUCAGAGACGCAUGACAGACAGCAAAUUGGGAAAGGAAGUAUUGGUUUCUAGUCUUGUUUCCAAUCUGCUUCAUUCGACUCUUCAGCUGUAUAAACACAAUUUAUCUCCAAAUUUUUGUGUAAUGCAUCUUGAAGAUCGGUUACAGGAGCUGUAUUUCAAGAGCAAAAUGCUGUCUGAAUAUCUAAGGGGCCAGAUGCGUGUUCAUGUCAAGGAGCUGGGAGUGGUUCUUGGGAUUGAAUCAAGUGACCUUCCUCUUCUGGCUGCUGUAGCAAGCACACACUCUCCAUAUGUUGCUCAGAUACUCCUUUAAUAUGCCCAGGUGUUGUUAAAAAAGAACUUCAGUGGAAUGGGCAAAAACCAAGGAGCCAGACAUUAUUUUCUCCAUUAGACUUUCAUCUGAAUGCAUUGCAGCCUAGGUAUUCUGAACUCCAGUGUAUAUUUUGUGAUUAUUGGAUAGUUGUUUUCAUUUUCAUUAGGUUUUUGAGAGAUAAGAUUUUCACCAAGUGAAAAAUAAAAGCAUAAUUUUGGGAAAAGCAUUUGAAAAUGCCAAAUGUAAAUGAUACAAAAUAAAUGUCAUUGAGAAUUGCUUGUGAUCUCUAUGAUAAUGUUGACAAAACUGAUAAAAUAGCAGCUAAUGACUCAUGAUUAAAUUGCUUGGAAUUUUUUUUUAUUUCUAGAUUAUGCAUUCUAUGAAACUGAUUUUCAAUUUUUCUGUUAAAAUAGCUAAUUUCUGGGUAUUUCUCAAAAGUAUUUAAAAUAGCCUGUUAUAAUAAACUCAGAAUAAUGAGUAUAAAUGUGUGUUAAUUUAUCCACUCAAAUGUACAUAUGUAUCUAUUUUUUAAAAAAUGUAGAAAACAAGAUUGGCAAAUGGUACCUUUUAAAAAAAUUACUAGUAUUAAUUGUAUAGUUUUAAAUUCUACUUUCUGGUGAUAUUUCUGUUUCACUCUAAGAAAAAAGAAAAGCCAAUUUUUUUUUAAUGGCUAAGUAAGGGCUGUAGAUUCUCCAAAUAAAAGUACUAUUUUAUACUGUUUGUUUAAUUUAUAAAUACAAUUGUAAUACAUGCUAAUAUUUACAUGUUCACUAAUAAAUGAGAAUUAGGGUUAUAAAUUGCACCAAAGCAUUGGCAAAAAUACAACUAUUUUCUUUAAAAGUUCUCAGGUAAUCAAGGCCCUAUUUUUGGUACAAGUUCUUCUACAGUCACAGGAACUGAAUAUUACUUGUUUUGCUGCCUCAUAAUAUUCACUUUAUACAAAUAGAACUCAUUAACUCUUAAAAUUAUUCCUUUUCUCUAAUAGCCCCUCUCUUCCAAAAGUUGUUCUAAAAGAGUACCACUUUUCAAUUUGUUACUAUUUUUUGUAUAAAAUGUAGAAUGUUACUUGUAAGAAAGGCUAAUAUGGAACCAAACUCUUGUAAGUAAUGUAAAUAGAUGGGUAGAUACAUUUUUCAAUAUGCUCUACUACCUCAGUUUACUUAAUACUACAUUAUAGUUUGUUACUUAGCUGCUUGAGGUACUAUUAAUGCUAGAAGUGAAGUUUGUUUAUGCUUUCAUGGACUAUUUUAUUAUAAUUGAUUACCUUUAUAAAUAAAAUCACCUACUUAUUCUGUUAGUAAAGAUAUUUACUGCAUAAUACAUCUAUUCUUGCUACUUAAAUAAUUUAGAAAUAUUUUGUGGUUUGUAAGUGUUUGACCUUCAAUUUAUAGCAUUGGUUACAUUUUUUCCCCUUAAGCAUCUAGGAAAUCUCCAAGUAGACCAAGAAUAAAUGUAUGUUUUACUGAAAGGAUCGGAAA